AAUCAGUUCAGUUCAGUUCAAUUCAGUUCAGUCAAUGAGAACAGACCCUAAGUUAAGAGUGAAAUACAUUUAAUCUAAGUAGAUAUUUUUGGAACGUUUAAAAUAAUAUAUGAGAGUUAGUAUAAUUUUUUAUUUUUCCACCCACACACUAAUGAAAAAUAGAGCAAGUAUUUAAAAAAAAAAAAAAAAAAAGCACUAGGAAAUCUUGGGAGAACAAAAACAAGAACCUUAUCCAAAUUUCGAGGAUUAUCCACAACAUCAUCUUCUCCUUGUCACUCCCUCCCACGAAUUAGAUUAUCACGUUUGUCAAACCAACCCUUCUACAUUCCUUUAUUUUUCUCUCUCUCUUUACUCGCUCUGUUACAUUCAAGCUUAAUGUUUUAGUAAUCUAACUAACAUAAGCUUCAAAUUAUUAAAUCAAUGUCUUCUUUCAUUUGUCACCAUUUUUAUCCUUCUCUUUGCACCUCAAAACUUGCAUUUCCUACUAACCCAAUUGCCCCUAUUUAUUUGGGUAUCCCCAAUUAUCGUGAUAAAGCUCGCUUCAGUCGUUUGAGCAGUCGUUGCUAUUCUGAAGUUCCUCGUCAUAUUGACUCCCAUGAUAAACAACAGAAAAAGAGUUCAUUUUCGAUGAAGCAAUGUGCGAUUUCGAUAGCAUUAGCAAUUGGGUUGAUAACUGGAGCACCUGAUUUAAAUUGGCAAAGCCGUGCCCAAGCAAUUACUACUCCAGUAUUGCCAGAUUUAGCAGUGUUAAUAUCUGGUCCACCAAUCAAGGAUCCUGAAGCACUUUUGAGAUAUGCAUUACCGAUUGAUAAUAAGGCCAUAAGGGAAGUUCAGAAACCGUUGGAAGACAUUACGGAUAGCCUUAAGGUCGCGGGCCUUAAAGCUCUCGAUUCUGUUGAGAGAAACUUAAAGCAGGCGUCUCGUGCACUGAAGAAUGGCAAGAGUUUAAUUAUUUCAGGGCUGGCUGAAUCAAAGAAGGAUCGCGGUAUGGAGCUGCUCGACAGGCUAGAGAUAGGAAUGGGUGAGCUCCAACAGAUUGUCGAAAACAGGUAUAGGGAUGGGGUUGCUCCUAAACAAAAGGAGUUGCUUCAGUAUGUUGGCAGUGUUGAAGAGGACAUGGUGGAUGGCUUCCCAUAUGAAGUGCCAGAAGAAUACCGAUCUAUGCCACUCCUGAAGGGAAGAGCAGUUGUUCAGAUGAAGGUCAAGGUGAAGGACAAUCCAAAUCUUGAGGAUUGUGUUUUUCGCAUUGUUCUUGAUGGUUACAAUGCCCCGGUAACUUCUGGCAAUUUUCUGGAUUUGGUGGAAAGGCACUUUUAUGAUGGCAUGGAGAUCCAAAGAGCCGAUGGCUUUGUUGUCCAAACAGGAGACCCUGAAGGUCCAGCUGAGGGUUUCAUUGACCCAAGCACAGAAAAGCCUCGCGCAGUCCCAUUGGAAAUCAUGGUGGAAGGAGAAAAAGUUCCGUUUUACGGUGCAACUCUAGAAGAACUUGGUUUAUACAAAGCUCAGACAAAGCUUCCGUUCAAUGCCUUUGGUACAAUGGCCAUGGCUAGAGAGGAAUUUGAGAACAAUUCAGCUUCAAGUCAAGUAUUUUGGUUGUUAAAAGAAAGUGAACUGACCCCAAGUAAUGCCAAUAUUUUAGAUGGUCGAUAUGCAGUAUUUGGCUAUGUAACUGAAAACGAAGAUUAUUUAGCAGAUCUCAAGGUUGGCGAUGUCAUAGAAUCAGUCCAAGUGGUCUCUGGCGGUGAUAAUCUUGUCAAUCCAACUUACAAAAUUGCUGGCUAGAUCUUCUUGAUUUGUGAGGUUUGAGUAUGGAUACGCAUUCAUUAUAAAUUAGUUGAGCAGUUUUCUGACAUUUUCAUUAGUUUCAGCGGGGUGUGAAUGGAGCCUUCUUUGUAGGAGAGGUAUUAACAUUCCAUUUGUAAUUUCUAUAUGAAUAUCAGAACCUGUUUGUAUUCAAGCUUCAAGCUUUGGUUAAAUUUGUGAUUAAAGCGUCAGCUUUUAAGAUUUGAGAAGUUCCAUCAGCCCAUUAUUUUGCUGCGAUGUAAACUGCCUUUUGAACAAAUUAUUUAUAAGAAUGUUAAUUUUAGCAGCA